UUCAGAAAACAGAAAUGGCACAUUUAUUCAAACUCCAGUUCAAACUAUGUAGUUUAAUUAAUUCCAACUAAACUGAUGAGCUUGAUCCACCGAUAUGAGCUUUCCAAAGUCCGACAGUCAUUUAUAUAUCACAUGUGCCAAAUUGGAUAAGCAUCCCUACAGAGUCCUCAUCCCCAUAUAUCAGAUGGGAAACAGAGGUUAUGAGACAGGACAUGGCUGAAGAGGUAUUUGAACUGAGGACAAUCUCUGCAGUGCAAGCAAAUGCUAGGAGAUGCAGUGGGAUGGACUAGGAGACUUGGAACAUGGACAAGGCACUUGCAAGAGCAGCAACAGGUUUGGCGUCAGCAGAGCGGUGGGGGCAGGGAGUAGGAGACUUGUAGUAAAAUUAACAAGCCCCACCAAUUCACUCCCCACUCUCAUUUUAGCUAAGCUAGCUUCCCCCAUAGCCUUAUGAAAACAGUAACUUAUGCAGCAGCAAAGCUGAGGUCCUAUGUGCUCUCCCAUCUUUGAGCACGAUGCAGGAAUGGGGCUGAGGUGUGUGUUGUGGGGAUAUGUCAGUGAUUAGAGAAAGAGCUGGCAGAGGAUUUGGGAAGCUGUGCAGAGAAUCGCAGGGCUUUCAGACACCCAAUGAUGGCCGAGAUGGCAAGCAUUUCCAAUGAAGCUGUAACUUUAUCAGAAACAACACUUUGUCUCAGAGGAGCAAGUAUCUGAGCAACGCCUUUGCAGGAAUAGAACAAUUGUGUUUCCUUUAUUUAUGAAUUGCAACCUUUUCAAAAGUAUCCCCCUCUGGAUAACCAAAAGUCUUUCCAGGUCACCCACUCCUUUUUUUUAUUAAGCCCCACAAGCAACCGUGCCAGUUCUGGGCAUGAUAAACAGCUGAGAUGUUUUUGCAAAGCAAAAAGAAAGAAAAAAGUCAAGUUGUCUAAGUUGUCUAUAUCUUACUCCAAAGGCAAGGAAAGUCAGGUUGCCAGUCGAGUAACUGCUGUCUCCUGACAGUCCCCUCCACCAGGCUUUGCUGAAGUGUCCUGACAAAGCAGAGGCACCAACUGCUCGCUGCCGCCCUUCCCUUCGGACUGGACUGGCAUUCGCAUCCCUCGCGGUCUGGGGCAGCGGCAGCCGCAGCGUCGCUGGCCAGUUUGUCUCCAGUCACGAAAGCAGCAGCCUUUCCAAGGCAGCCAAAGGUGCCUGGCAGAGUUCAGUAGCUCUCACACUCCGCUCCCCUCCCGCUUCUCCGGCUCCUGCUGCGAGGAUCAGGCUGUCUUUGGCAGGAGGAAGACCUUGGAAAGUUGCACACAUUCCUGGUGCGAGGGAUCAAUCUGCUGCUUCCAUUCUCUCUCUCGGAGGAAAGCACGGAAUGGCUGCGCACGGGGGACUCUGGGACCACCGCGAGGGGAGGAGGGAAGCUCAGCCCCCUUCCCAGACGGCUAUAAAGCCGCGACGGGCAUCCUGCGAACUCCUCAGAGCAGAGCCAGGAGGCAUCUGGCAGAGGGAGGGGGCAGUUCACCGACGGGACGAAGCGUCUGGGGCGAUAAAGUCCCCACCCGACGAGCUCGGUCGGGGCUGAGGCGGAGGAAGGGUCCCCCGACGGCUUCCCGCAUCUCUCCACAAGGAAACCGGUUUCUUAGGAGUCCCGCGGGCGUGCGCCCCCCAUGGCGGAAGGCGGGAGCCACGACGGGGCGCCCGGCGCGCUCCUCAAGAGCGCCGUCCAGCCGGCACUGCUGCUUUCUUGCGUCCUGCUGCUGUACCUGUGGGCGAGGAGGAUCCCACGGCCGGCGGGCAAGAGCCUCCCCGGCCCCGUCGGGUGGCCGCUGCUGGGCAACGUGCUGCAACUGGGCCGCCUGCCGCACCUCACCUUCGGCGAGCUGGCGCGGCGCUACGGCGACAUCUUCCAGCUGCGCCUGGGCCGGCGCGCCAUCGUGGUGCUCAACGGGGAGGCGGCCAUCCGACAGGCGCUGGUGCAGCAGGCCGUGCCCUUCGCGGACCGGCCCGACUUCCUCUCCUUCGGCCUGGUGUCCGGAGGCAAGAGCAUGGCCUUCGGGCGCUACAGCGAGCGCUGGCGGGCGCAGCGGCGGGUGGCGCACGCCACGCUGCGCGCCUUCUCGACGGCCAACACGCCCAGCAAGCAGCUCUUCGAGCAGCACGUGGCGGCCGAGGCGCAGGAGCUGAUCGACGGCCUGCUGCAGCUGAGCCAGGGCGGCGCUUACGUCGACCCUUCGCCGCUCUUCGUCGUGGCCAAUGCCAACGUGCUGUGCGCCCUCUGCUUCGGGCACCGCUACAGCCACGCCGACGGCGAGUUUCGCGCGCUGCUGAGCAGGAACCACCGCUUCGGGCAGACGGUGGCGGCGGGCAGCUUGGUGGACGUGCUGCCCUGGCUGCAGGCCUUUCCCAACCCGGUGCGCAGCGUCUUCCGAGACUUCCAGGCGGUCAGCCGCGAGCUGUACGACUUCGUGUGCGCCAAGGUAGCGCAGCACCGCAGCACCUUCCAGGCCGGCGCCCCUCCGCGCCACAUCAGCGACGCCAUCCUGGAGUGCAUGGAGCACGGCCCCGGGGCGCAGCAGGGCCUGGGCGGAGACUACGUCGAGGCCACGCUGGCUGACUUGUUCGGCGCAGGUCAGGACACCACCUCCACCGCCCUCACGUGGGUGCUGCUGCUCCUCCUCAAGCACCCGCACCUUCGACGGCAGCUGCAGGCGGACCUCGACCGGGUGGUGGGCCGCUCCCGGCUUCCGACGGGGGACGACCGCGCCUCCUUGCCUCGCCUGGAAGCCUUCCUCCACGAGACGCUCCGCUACAGCAGCUUCGUGCCCGUCACCAUCCCGCACGCCACGGCCGCCGACGUGCUGCUCGACGGCUUCCACAUCCCCGCGGGCACGGUGGUCUUCGUCAACCAGUGGUCCGUCAACCACGACCCGCUGCGCUGGAAGGACCCGCACGUCUUCGACCCGACGCGCUUCCUGGACGCCCGGCAGGAGAACGUCGACCGGGACCUCACGUGCCGGGUCAUGAUCUUCUCGACGGGCAAGAGGCGCUGCAUCGGCGACCAGCUGGCCAAGCUGCAGCUCUUCCUCUUCACCGCCAUCCUGCUGCAGCAGUGCGAGGUGGAAGCCAACCCGGCCGAGGAGCUCACCUUGGACUACGUCUACGGGCUGGUGCUCAAGCCCUUGCCUUACACGGUGUCCGUUUCCCCGCGAAGCGCUCUCCCUAGCGGAGAGGAGGAGGGAGGGAACCUCGGAGGGACCGUCGAGGGCGCCUCUUAGCAAUGGCGCUUCCCUCCCCACCAGCAAGUUCUCCAUAGCCCCUGCUGGCUUUUCAGAGCUGCCCUCUGCCAGAGGAAGUUGAUGUUCCCCCCACCAGCCCCUCCCCCUAUCUUUCAGAAGCUCAUGGCUUCAGACGGUGCCUUUCAUACAGGGAUGGGGAACCUGCCGCCCUCCCAGAUGAUGGUGGCUUGGCCUGAAGCUCCCAUCCGCCACAGCUAGGAUGGCCAGUGGUCAGCCAGGAUGGGAGUUCUAGUCCAGCAACAUCUGGAGAGAGCCAAAGGUUCCUCAUCCAGCUUAAACCUGCUGGGGGGGGGGGGUUCUGAGCCUGCUCAGCUCACCUGGGUGACCCAUCCAGAGUCCUCCAAUCAAACAUCUUAAAUUUGAGAUACAUUGAGACUAUUGUGACUGGGGGGGGGGGGAGAAACACGUUAUUGUGGUGGUGUGGGAAAUUGGCAUCAGUUACUUCCUUUGGGACUGUGAACUUUUGUAAUAAAUGCCUCUUUGAAGCAGGCACCCAUGCAGACAGAAAAGGUCUCCUAGAUUCUCCCAGCUCCCCCCUCCCCCAAAAAAUUGUGUCAAGAAGUUUGUCACUUAACUGUACUGUUGAUCAAAAAAAGGAGGUAAGGUUGUGUUACGUGGAAAGCAUUUUUAUAGGAAGCAUUUACUUGGAAAUAAUGUGUAGUCAGUGUGAAGAGUAUCACAGCGACAAUGCCUUUAACUGCAGAUCCUUCAGCUAGGAAAUGACACAUAGGGGUGGCCCAGCACUUAGUUAUUAUGUAUACAUGUGGACAGUUGUCACCUGGGACAAUCCCCAUGCAGUUUUGUGUCCCUCCCACACUUGUCAUAUUUGAAGCAGAACAAGAAGAGUGAUACUUCCUACCUGUGGCAGCCAGGAGCAAGUAAUCUGUGCUCUGACUUCGCUAAAAAUUAACCCUGUGGCUCCAUCCCAUCUCAUAGGGCGAGUCAUAUAUAGAGUUAUCUUUCAUUAAAAAAAAAAAAGACAUGGGGGAAACCUUUGGUUGGUUAGUGGUGCUAAAUAUGGGCCAAAUUAUUCCUGUAGCAACCUCUCCCACUGCCACUAAAGUAGGUACAGGGAAUCUGUAGCCCUCCAGAUGUUGAUUAACUACAAUUCCCAUACUCCCUGAAUAUUAGCCAUGCUGGCUGCAAACAACACCUGGAGGGCCACAGUGCCCCAUCAAAGGAAAAGCAGUUUCAGCAAAGCAGCAGCAGUGGAGGGGACCACAACCCUUUUCUAUUCCACUGGCUUUCUGCUGAAAUUCCACCACACUCUCGGGUUGAGAUACAUGCCUGUGACAGUUAUGGUUGGAACACUGCCAGCUGUGGGAGGGAGCCACACAGAACAUAAGAAUAGCCAAUGGCAAAAUCAAGCUCAGCAUCCUGUUCUCACAGUUGGCCAGCCAGAUGCCUGUGGGAAACUUGCAAGCACGACUCCACGCACCAGAACACUCUCCCCUCCUGUGGUUCCAGCAGUUGGUGUUCAGAAACAUUACUGCCUCCAACUUCGGAGGACGAGCACAGCCAUCAUGCUAGCAGCCGCUGGAAAAAUGGCAGGCAGGGGAAGGGUUAAGCAACUCUGAUGCUUCUCUCAAAACUUGCUUUUUCUUAGAAGCACCUGGCAGCAGAAGCUUGCCACUUGUAGACCUAGUGCUGCUCUGUUCUUGACCAAGCCUCUUCAGUAUCCAUUAGUGGAUUACUCAAGUUGCAGCACAGAUGUGGCACGUCUUGGCAGCUUUGUCACUUCCAGUUUGCGCAGAAAUGAAAGUGAAAAUCUCCUUGUAUAGUGUGCACACUCAGCCAGCUUGCCCCCUCCUAGCCCGGGAACAGGAAGUACUUUGGCUGCAUUUUUCUGCAUUGAGUUGCGGGACAAGCUGUUCUUUUUCUGUUAUCUAUCAGUGGUUCCUACCUUGAAAUUCAACUCGGAACCUACCAACUGUUUUUAAUAAACGUUACCAGAUGAUUGAUUAGAAAUAGCAUCUAGACCAUUACGCUUUAACAUGAUAUGAAAUCAAGACACUUAAAUUUCCUCAUUUGCCAGUUCUACUCUUAACAGCAUUUCCCCUGUACUCCAUUGGGGAUUGCAUUCUUGCUGUGUGCCAGACCUCAUAAUGGAGAGCCUCUUCCGUCUGUCUCCCACCUUCUUCCCAUUUCCUUCCUCUUUGCCACUCACAUGAAAUUGGACCAGGGCCACAGAUUGUCCACACACACACCCCGGCACCUUCCAGGUUUUCCCACCCCCAAAAACUGGUCAUGUGGCUGCAGCUAUGGUGGACAAAAUACUCAGUCCUCAAUGCCAGUUACUGUAGAGUUGUUCUACUGCCAGCAUUGGAGCUGCUCUGGAGGAAGGAGUUGGAGAUGCAGACUGUUUUGAGCCUGCUUGGCUUUCUUUCUUUUUUUAUAAUAAUUUUUUAUUCAUUUUCCAAACAUUUUUAUACAAUCAACUCAUAUUAACUCUCACAUUCAUCAAUUUUUGACUUCCCUCAGUUUCUCUGCAAAUCUUUCGUUAAAAUUUCAAUUGUUAACGCAUUUCUGAACUUAUUAUUGCCUUUAACCGUUCCUCUUCCUUUCUCCUACUUUCUUUUUUACAAUAUUUCUUAAUUUUUCACAGAGACUCUUCAAAACCAACAAGCGUUGUCUGUGCAUCACAUAUGCUUUUCAGAUAAUCUGUAAAUUUCCCCCAGUCCUCGAUAAACUUUUGGUCUUUCUGAUAUCGAAUCUUCCCAGUCAAUUUAUCCAGUUCCGCAUAUUCAGUCAGUUUCAUUCUCCAUUCUUCCACAGUUGGAAUUUCUUCCUGCUUCCAUCUUUGCGCCAGAAGUAUUCUUGCAGCUGUUACAGCGUAUUGGAAAAGUUUACAAUCUUUUCUAUUAAUUUCAUUACCUACCAAUCCUAGUAAGAAGGCUUCUGGUUUUCUAACAAAUGUAUAUCUCAACAUCUUUUUCAAUUCCUUAUAUAUCAUUUCCCAGAAGCCUUUCACCUUUUGCAUUCCCACCACAUAUGAUAGAAAGUUCCUUCUUUUUCUUUACAUUUCCAACACUUGUUACAUGUUUUAUACAUUUUAGCUAAUUUAACUGUCGUUAUGUACCAUCUAUAUACCAUUUUCAUUACAUUUUCCUUCAAUUUACACGCCGUAAAUUUUAACCUUUCAUUCUAUAAUUUCGUCCAAUCAUCAUAUUGUAUAUUAUGACCAAAGUCUCUAGCCCAAUGUAUCAUUACUGAUUUCACCUCUUCAUCUUUUGUAUGCCAUUCCAACAACAUUCUAUACAUUUUAGACAAAUUUUUAUACUCAUUAUUCAAUACCUCUAUUUGAAAUUUUGAUUCUUUUCCUUCAUAUCCACACAUUUUACAGUCUUUUUCUAAACAUUUCACUAAUCUGGUAGUAGUGCAACCAAUCAUAAACAAAUUCUUUCACCUCUUCAUAAGUCUUCAUUUUCCAUUUCGCGCCCUCUCUUACUAUCAGUUCUCCAUAAGUUAUCCACCUCCCCUCAUGUUUAUCUUUUUCACACUCAUCACUUCCAAUGGUGAAAGCCAAUGGGGAGUCUUGGUUCCAACAAAUUUUUAUACCUCUCCCACACAUCUAUCAAUGAUCUUCGGAAGAUGUGGUUUUCAAAGCCUUUAUGAAUUUUUUUCUUUUCAUACCACAGAUAUGCAUGCCACCCGAAUCUAUUAUCAAAUCCUUCUAAAUCUAACAACUCUCCAUUCACUAAUUUAAUCCAUUCCUUUAACCAACAGAGGCAUGAUGCUUCAUAAUAUAGUUUCAAGUCUGGCAGGCGAAGCCACCUCUUUCUCUCACAUCUGUUAAUAACUUAAACUGAAUCCUUGGCUUCUUGCCCUGCCAGAUGUAUCUUGAAACUAUUUUUUGCCAUUCUUUGAAAAUUGAUGCCCCUUUAAUUAUCGGAAGUGAUUGGAAUAGAAAUAACAUCCUUGGCAGCACACUCAUCUUUAUCUUAGAUAUCCUUCCCCAAAAAGAUAGCUUCAAUCUUCCCCACACCUCCAGAUCCCUUUUUAUCCCAUUCCAAACAGGUACAUAAUUAUUUUGAAACAAAUCGAUAUUCUUGGGGGUUAACCAUACUCCUAAAUAUUUCACUUUGUUCACCACUUCCAGCCCUGUACUUUGUUGCAUUUCCUCUAUUAAUUCUUGGUCCAUAUUUUUCACAAUAAUUUUUGUCUUUCUUUUGUUUAAAUAAAAACCUGCAACUUGACCAAAUUGUUCUAUUUCUUCUAGGAUUCUUUUAACACUUCCCGCUGGCUCUUCUACCAUCAUUACAAGAUCGUCCGCAAAUGCUUUGACUUUAUACUCAUUUUUCCCUACAGACACCCCUUUUAUUUCUUCAUUUUUUCUUAUUGAUUUUAGCAAAACCUCCAGCACCAAGAUGAAUAAGAACGGUGAUAAUGGGCAUCCUUGUCUUGUACCCUUUGUUGUUUUUAGAGCCUGCUUGGCUUUCUGCCUGCAGAGGGGCAUGUUCAUAGGCAAUAGCACAUUGGGUGCAUGUGAGGCUGACGAAGAAGAGCAUCAGCCUAACACACUCCCCCAUUUUACUGCAUAGAAGUUAAGCUCAUGAAGGUCUUGCAAAGAGUAACCUGUGAAGCAGCCACAUGCUUUGGAAGAAGCAAGGAGAACUGAAUUCUUCUUAGUACAACGAUGGUGACCCAACUGCACAUUGCGUUGCAUAGUUGUCUGUUAUCAGGGUGAUCAAGGAUAAAUAGGAGUUGAGAGUCCAAAAACUACCAGAAGUUCCCCAUCCCUGUUUUAAACAUAAGUGGAAUCUGCACUUGUUUGCUUUUUGCUGAAAAUCAAGGAGUUAACUUGCGUAGCUGUUUCUUCUUUCCAGCAGCCUUUAUAUUUGUCUAGUAAGCCACAUAUUCAGGAAAGGUUUUGAAAUGCAUAAAUAAUAUAGCCUAUUUUUGAAUCUACCAUUAGGCUUUUCCUUAUUCCUAUGUUUGGGUGAAGACCAUAAGUAGCACUUUUAAAAAUAUUCUUUUGUAUUAAACAUUACUUGAGUGUUAUUUAACAUUUUUAAAAAUGUGACUAUUAUUACCUCCGAAUAAAGAUGCUGUCAC